AUGAGCCAUAUCUAUGGAGGACCCGAGCAGUACAACCAGAACUGGCACACAGAGCGCAACGUGUACAGCAAUUACUCGUACGUCAGCAAACAGCAAGACAAUAUCGGCGUGGCCGAGCGUUACUGGCUGUUCUCCGAUGGCCGAUACGUUUACGUUCCUCCAUAUGUGCCGCUUUUUAUCGAACAAAAUACAAUUAAAUCUAAGGAUCAAUUAUGUUUCAUUGCGGAGAACAGGCAACCAUACCUGGUCAAUCGGACGGGAGUUACUUUGAGGUAUACUGACUGCCACUUUGAUAAUGCGAGAGAAGCACACGAGAAUGCCAUCGCAGAAUACUUCGACAAACCCUUAGACAUUCCAGACGAGCGCAUGACCACGCAUCCCGUAUGGUCUACGUCGGCGCGUUACAAGAGAGAUAUCAACGACGCAAAAGUGAGGCAGUUUGCCAGCGAGGUAGUCGAACACGGCUUCAGCAACAGCCAGAUUGAGAUUGAUGGCAAGUGGGAGACUUGUUACGGAAGCCUCACGUUCGACCCCAACAAGUUCCCUGAUGUCAGAGCGCUCGUAGAAGACCUGCACUCGAUGGGGUUCCGUGUCACGCUGUGGGUUCACCCGUCUGACUGCGAACCGCAUUACUCGAGGGCGCUGGAGAGGGGCUGGUUCGUCACCAACACCGAGGGCAGCACCAUCACCAGCUGGUGGAACGGCCGAGGCGGCAUCAUCGACUUCACCAACGCUACGACUGCAAGCGAAUGGUCGAGCCAGCUGUGGAAAGUCAAGACUGAGAUGGGAAUCGACUCGUGCAAAUUCGACGCCGGCGAGACUAGCUGGCUACCACAGCCUCCCGCGCUGAGAACCGAGGAGAAGAACCCGGUGCAGUACACACCGGACUACUUGAAGACCGCCGCCCAGUUCGGGCCGAUGGUAGAGGCUCGCGUCGGCCAACAAAGCCAACAGUUUCCGAUCUACAUCCGCAUGCUCGACAAGGACAGCAGGUGGGGCUUCGACAACGGCCUGGCUUCGUUGGUGACGACGCUGCUGCAGAUGAACAUGGUGGGCUACCCCUUCGUCCUGCCAGACAUGGUGGGCGGCAACGGCUACGGCAGCGAGGCGCCCACCAAGGAGCUCUUCAUACGCUGGCUGCAGGCCACCGUCUUCAUGCCGGCCAUUCAGUUCUUCUACGCGGCCUGGGACUUUGACGGCGAGACGGUGGGGCUGAGCCGGCAGCUGACGGCGUUGCACGCCCGCCACGCCCCCCGCAUCAUAGACCUGAUGAAGAAGGCUGUGAGGGACGGCAGUCCAGUCAACCCCCAGUCUGAGUUCCUGCUGGGAGAGGACCUGCUGGUGGCGCCGGUGCUGGAGGAGGGCGCCGUCAGCCGCGACAUCUACCUGCCCAGGGGCAGCUGGAGGGACGAGGCCGACCCAAAACACCCAGUCAUAGAGGGCCUCGUCUGGCUCACCAACUACUCGGCUCCACUCAGCGUCCUGCCUUACUUCACCCGACUCUCCAGUAGGCAUGACCCAUACUCUUAA